AUGCAAAAUAAGAAAAUUCAACUAUGGGCAUUAAGUAUUGCAGGAUAUAACUGUAAGGUAGAGUACAUAGAAGGAAGAUUUAACUGCUGUGCAGAUCUCUUAUCCCGAUUACCGACAGUCAACAUCGAGUGUGAAGAUGAAGAACAAUCAGAGCAUGAUGAACCAGAUGUUAAGGAAAAUUUCUUUGAAGUGAACAUGGAGACUCAGAAAGCCCAAAACUUCGCCUGUAUGUACCACAAUCCAGAGAAAAGGACCUCUAGCGGCAUUAUUGAACUUGAACCAAUCCCGAAAAACACUAGGAUCCAAGAGAAACCCCGACGGAGCGGAAGACUCGAAACUCGCAAAUUGACCAGUAACACGGGGACAAUUUCGACCAAACUAGCACAACAAUUACCUAGGGAGGAGAAAAAUGAAGAAUCUCCAUGGACCAAAUACUAUAGACCGGACCCAGAGCUGGCACGUAAAUACCUGGAAGAGAAGGCCGCGAUGUCUACGCAACAGAGGAACGCAGGAGACGCUCCGCGAGAAGUCGCCUCGCCAUCCGCGCCGACCCUCUAUCCACGAGUGCCGAUGAUGGAUGAAUAA